AUGCCUAAAACCCGACAACUUCUUCAAGCAAAGAUCACGUACUCGGAUGCCAAGGCUGAAGAAUUCAAUAUUCUUCAUCGACUUCGAUAUCCUUCUGAACAAACUAAAUUCUUCGCUCAUCUAUAUGACAAACGUGAAUGGAUGAAGGCUACUGUUGCCCAUCAUCUUGGCCUUGAAUCGUUCACUCAGUGCCAAGUAGCAGACACGGAAAAUUGGCUUCACGGCAGCUUUAAUGUCUGUGUCCCCAUCACAAUUGACAGUUGGGACGGCAAGCGGGUUCUUCUACGGUUUCCGUUACCAUAUCGCAUUGGCGAGAGUUUCAGACCCGGAAAUUGCGAUGAAAAAGUCCGAUGUGAAGCAGGAUCCUAUGCUUGGCUUCAAGAAAACUGUCCAGAUGUGCCCAUUCCAAAAUUAUAUGGCUUUGCUUUGUCUACGGGUGAGACGUUCACUCGACUGGAAAACCUGCCAUAUUUGCCUAACUGUUUCCAAUUCCUGCGUCAGCAUCUUCUAUCAUGGCUGAAGGAUUCAAUUCCUUCCCAGUAUGUCCGCCAUCAGAGCACAGAUCCAAUCUUUACCGAUGGGAUAGUAAACAAAGGCUACCUUCUGAUUGAGUUUAUCGAGGAGACACGUGGAUCUAUGCUUUCUAAUACGUGGAGAGAAGGGCAAAAUGGCCCAAAGUUACGGAUGAACUUCUUCCGUGACCUUUCCCGGCUUUUCUUGAAUAUUACUCGGAUCCCUUUGUCUAGGAUUGGUUCAUUUAUUAUUGAUAAUGACGGCUUUCUUCAUCUUACAAAUCGGCUACUUUCAAUUGAACUUCAACAAUUAGAAAAUGAAGAGGUUCCAACGGAGAUACCUCGCAAUUAUACCUACUCAACCGUUGAUUCCUAUAUUAUUGAUGUACUUGGAUUCCAUGAUAAUCGCUUUCGGUAUCAACCUAAUGCUGUCAACAAUCUUGGAGACUGUGCCUACCAACUUUCUGUCUUGACUUCUAUGCGAACUAUUUUCCAGUCGAUUUUCAGACCGGUUGAGAUGUUAGGGCCUCCUUACUGGCUGGCAGAUAAAGGCGUGGGCCAAUUGGUUCCAUCAGAAUAUAAUGUAAUCCGACACGAAUUCAUGGAAGCCCUGAUAACAGAAGAACAGCAUCGUGACUCUGCCAUAUUGUCUUGCAGUAAUGAUGGAGUAUCUCAGCUAUGCCUCUCAGACCUAAUGAAACGGUCUUGGAAAACAGGGGCUUUUUGGUACUCACUGGCUCUCUCAAGCCCUUCAGCACUCUUUACGAUAUUCAGCAAGCAUGUCAGGCCUCUUUUCUGCAAAGACUAUGAGGAGGAGUUUGAGGUGGUUAUGCCGUUUUUCUUUGAAAAAAACGUUGGAUAUAUUGCCGGUCGCAAGCUUGCAGAUAGAGAGGAAUAUGAUAAGAAACUCCGACGAGCUUUUGAAGACAGCUCCGGCUGA